AUGUAUCAUUUAGCUCCACGGAAGAAGCUCCUGAUUUGGGGUGGCAGUCUGGGAUUUGUACUACUUCUGCUCAUAGUGGCAUCAUCUCACCAGAGGAUCAGAUCCACAAUUCUCCAUCGAACGCCAAUUUCAACUUUGCCUGUCAUUUCCCAAGAAGUUAUCACUGCGGAUUAUCAUCCAACACUAUUGACCGGGUUCAUACCGACAGACUCCGAUGAUAGUGAUUGUGCUGAUUUCAGUCCAAGCGGUGUGAUUUACUCGACUGACAAGCUCGUGCUGCACGAUUCUCUGAAAGAUAUCAGAGAUUCUCUUUUGAAAACACAAUACAAAGACCUCGUAACUCUUGAAGAUGAGGAAAAAAUGAAUAUAGACGAUAUUUUAAAACGUUGGUAUACUCUCUCUGGUUCAAGUGUUUGGAUUCCCGGAAUGAAAGCGCAUUUGGUUGUUUCCAGAGUUAUGUAUUUAGGAACCAAUGGUAGAAGUGACCCAUUAGUAUCGUUUGUUAGAGUACAAUUAUUUGACCCAGAUUUUAAUGAGUUGAAGGACAUAGCGCUCAAGUUUUCUGAUAAGCCAGAUGGAACGGUCAUAUUCCCAUAUAUUCUGCCUGUAGAUAUACCGAGAGAAGGAAGUCGAUGGUUAGGUCCUGAAGAUGCAAAGAUUGCUGUAAAUCCAGAAACGCCAGAUGAUCCAAUAGUGAUAUUCAAUAUGCAAAACAGUGUGAACAGAGCCAUGUACGGAUUUUACCCUUUCAGACCUGAAAACAAACAAGUCUUGUUUUCUAUAAAAGAUGAAGAGCCAAGAAAGAAGGAGAAGAACUGGACUCCGUUUUUUGUCCCUGGCUCACCAACUACCGUUAACUUCGUAUAUGACCUACAGAAGUUAACAAUUCUAAAGUGCUCCAUCAUAACCGGAAUCUGUGAAAAAGAAUUUGUUAGUGGAGACGAUGGGCAGAAUCAUGGUAUCGGAAUAUUUAGAGGUGGAUCAAACCUUGUCCCCUUUCCUACCAGCUUUACUGAUAAAGAUGUUUGGGUGGGCUUCCCUAAAACACACAUGGAAAGCUGUGGAUGCAGCAGUCAUAUUUACAGGCCUUACUUAAUGGUUUUAGUGAGGAAAGGAGAUUUCUACUACAAGGCGUUCGUCAGUACACCGCUAGAUUUUGGAAUCGACGUUCGAUCGUGGGAAAGUGCAGAGAGCACUAGUUGCCAAACAGCCAAGAACGUGCUAGCAGUCAACUCCAUCUCUAAUUGGGAUUUACUAGACGAUGGUCUGGACAAAGAUUAUAUGACAAUCACUCUCAGCGAGGCAGACGUUGUCAACUCAGUAUUGAGAGUCCGUGGUAUCGCCAAGUUUGUAGACAACCUCACAAUGGACGAUGGAUCCACAACCCUUUCCACUUCAAACAAGAUUGAUGAAUGUGCAACUACUGGCUCCAAACAAUACUGUCAAAGGUAUGGUGAGCUUCACUAA